UUUUUUCAUGAAUGUCCGUUUUUAAUUAACUAUGCAUGGUCAUAAUAUCAAGACUUAAAAACGCUCUAAAGUUUGUGGAUAUCGUGUAAAGUUUCAGAUCAAAGAUGGAAGCUAACAGAAGAUAAAGCUCCAGUUAUCACUUCGUUUCAAAGAAAUAUCUCGCCGUGAUGGCAUCAGAGGAUGAAAUCAACCUGCUGGUCAUCGUCGUGGAUGUGAAUCCGAUCUGGUGGGGGCAGCAGGCUCAGCGAGAGGCAGAGCUCACCUUGUCCAAGUGUAUGGAUGCAGUCAUGGUGAUGGGAAACUCCCACAUGGCCAUGGCCAGGACAAACAAGCUGGCUGUCAUCGCCAGCCACUGUCAAGACAGUCACUUCCUGUAUCCCAAUAAGCGCUGGAGAGCAGGGGACAGCGGUGGGGAAGAUGCUUCCUCCAGUGGAGAUGGAAAAUAUGAACUGCUGGCUGUCGCCAAUAACCUCAUUGCUGAAGAGAUCAGAAAUGUGAUGUCAAAAACUGAAGUGAGAGGAAAUUCAACUGAUACCUUGUUGGCUGGAUCACUUGCUAAAGCUCUCUGCUAUAUUCACAGAGUCUCAAAAGAGCUGGAAGUUGGACAGGAGAUAAAAUCAAGAAUAUUGGUGAUAAAAGCAGCGGAGGACUGCGCCCUGCAGUACAUGAACUUCAUGAAUGUCAUUUUUGCUGCCCAGAAGCAGAACAUCCUGAUAGAUGCGUGUGUGUUGGACUCAGACUCGGGUCUCCUCCAGCAGGCUUGUGAUAUAACUGGAGGAUUGUACCUCAAGGUACCACAGAAAGUCGCUCUGGCACAAUACCUUUUGUGGGUGUUCCUGCCUGACGCCGAGCAGCGUUCACAGCUGGUGCUGCCACCGCCUGCACAUGUGGACUACAGAGCUGCAUGUUUCUGCCACCGUAAUCUCAUUGAGAUUGGUUAUGUGUGCUCAGUUUGUCUGUCGAUAUUCUGCAACUUCAGUCCCAUCUGCACAACUUGCGAAACUGCCUUCAAAAUCCAACUUCCACAGAUGGUCAAGCCCAAGAAGAAGAAACUCAAGCAAGCUACAUGAUUUUUGUGAGGAUUACACAAUGUAAAGAAAUUGGUUGGAUUCCUUUUUUGAUAUUCAAAUUAUACCAUUUUUUGUUAGGUAUAGAGAGCAUGAUGAUUCACUCAGGCUUCAUUUUGAAAAAGAAACUGUUGGGCAAUUUGUGAUGUAAAUUUUUAUAUAAUAAAAAAAAAAACAAUGUUCUUAUAAA